AUGGCCCAACACGGAUUUGGCCACUUCGCCACUGCUCCUGGUGGUGGCAAUAUCGACCCCAAUGACCUCGCCAUGAGUGGGGGGUAUUCUCCCUCCUUCUCCAAUGCUAACAACUUCAACUCUGCCUCCGCCAACGCCCCGAAUGGUUACUCCAGCGGCAAUGCAGUAUUUGGCGACGAUGAACUGUUAGAUGGUCUCGCCAGCCCUUCCGACGGCCAGCCAGGCAUGCAUAGUCGAGGCCAAGACUACAGCAACAUGAACAUGGGCUUCAGCCAAAACGCUUUCCAGUCGCACAGAGGCGCCGGGCUGCAGAUUGAUCCGGCUCAAAUCAACGGCUACUCGCAGACGCCAGACGGUGACCCCAUCCAGAGCCCGUACGCCGCGGGCUUCACGGCCCAGUUCCGUCAGAUGCAGAAUAACCACUCCCUAGGCGGCUCAUUACAUUCUCCCAUGUCCUACUCAGGCUCACCGUUGACUGCGGGAGAGAUGGGCCCCGACGGCAAUGACCCCAACUUCCUCAAGGCCAGAGCCAGAAUGUCCCAGCAGAUGCAGCGAAAAGCCUCGAGCAACCGCAGCCCAAUGACGCCCAAGACCAACAGCAUCCGUGGCAUUCCUAUCGGCCCGCAGGAUUCGCCUGGAUUUGGCCCGCAAGCCAUGCGGCCAUCGGGCAGCCACGAGAAGUCGCCGCCCGGGCAAUGGGUCAACACUCCCGCCGGGAGCAUACCUGCCUCCUACAACUCUGGCUUCUCCUCGCCAAUGCAGCAAGGGAUGGUGCCCAUCAAUGAGGUCAUGCUCAAGGGAGGCACGUCGAUGCCGACCAAGCUGGGUGUUAACCCCAAUGCCGUCUCCUCCCAAGAGAUGAAGCGCAAGCGCCGUCGCGAGUCUCACAAUCUUGUCGAGCGUCGCCGCCGAGACAACAUCAAUGAAAGGAUUCAGGAUCUCAGCAAACUCGUUCCUUCUCACCGCCUCGAAGACGAGAAGAUCCGCAAGUUGAUACAGAACGGCACACCCUUGUCUCCCACCUUGACAGGCAUGUCCAAUCCCUCGCAGGCCACUUCGGGCUUGGCCGGCCCUGGCGCCCGUCGUGCUGCUGGUAGCAAUGCCGGCAACAUCACCACCGGUCUGCCUGUCGAGGAGAAGGACAAGGGUCCCAACAAGGGCGACAUACUCAACGGUGCCGUCAGUUGGACACGCGACCUCAUGUGGAUGCUGCACCUCAAGCUUCAACAGCAAGAGGAACUUAUGAACCAAAUCGCCGAGUUGGGUGGCCAUUUCCCUUUCGAGCUGACCGAUGACGAGAGACGCAUGCAGACCGAGCUCAUCGAGGCCCUGUCGAGGAGUGACGCAGCCAGCUUUUCCUAUUCACGAACUGCUGGCUCUGGUCUCCGGGUGCCUACCCAUACUGACUACCGUGGUGAUCCCGUAAACAGCCUAGCCGCCAACCUAGACGCCAUUGGCAUCACGCCCGACGAAAAUGGCACCACGGUCAAUGCUUCAGACCUCAAUGACACUGCGCAAUUCUGGAACGAUCCUGACGAUGACAGCAGCGGCCAAGCGUCCCUGGAUGUCAAGGAUGACGACGAAUAUGACAUGGAUCUGAACUGA